GCUGCUUCAGGGCAAUCAACAACAUACCAUGAAUAGCACCAGGCACCAGUCUCUGUUCUUUGUCAGUCUGCCUGAACUGCAAAAACUCUGUGCUGCUACAGUAACACUGAGUUCUCAGAUACCAGAAACUGAGACAAGGAGCACACAGAUAAAAACUUGCAGACAAUUAUUAUUCCUGUACCAAGAGAUCCUUUCUGCACCUGUUAUGGGGACCCUGAAUCAAAUUUCGGUUGUGAUGGCGAUACCAUUUUACGAAUCAGGAAUAUGUCAAGCCUAUGUAGAGAGACAUGGAGCUACUCUGGAAGCACCGCAAACAGUUUCUCCAGCCCUUCUCCAAACCUGCCUCUCCUACACGCUUACAGCCAGGCUUGCACCCAGAUGGAACAAGGCUGGUCAUCUCUUGGUGCAAGGGAAAGACUUUUUGUCUCAUUCAGGAAGGCAAAAUGCUGUUGUUAUAGACCUCAAUGUGUCAGAGAGGCAGCUUUGCAUCAGUGUGGAGCCUUGCUCAAUUCGGCUGCCACCCCCCGAGCUGGGAGAUUUUGAUAUUUCAGCAAACACCGUAAAGCUGUUUGACAGCAAUGAAAACACAGUUAUUCAGCAACAUUCCAUAUUAAGUAACUGGUGCUAUGUUUUGCCAAGCAUGAAAAUGGGUCAGAUCAUAAACAUCAGCCACAUAAUUCCUCCAGAAUCUCCUUUCCGUUCAUAUAGAGAUUUUCAGAUGCACUGGAAGAGUCUGUAUGGAUAUAUUCUUCCUGAGGAUCUUGAAGACACAAAAACAUAUUUGAGUGUUUACUUCAAACCAAUAGGGGAAAGGUUCUUCACGUACCCUUUAAGUUGCAUCCGAAGUCAGCCAGUGCAGUAUUUCCCCAGAACAGAUGCAGAAAGUGUAGUGAACUCUUUUCUUUCUGACAUGAAGAGCAAUUUUUCACAGCUGUGUGGAUUUCCAGUAAAGAUGACAAGUAAAGCACUUUAUGCUACAAAGGAACUCUCCAGGGCUUCAGUGCAUGAAAUAAAACCUAAGCAUACGAAAUUGGACGGUGAGAUGGUUUGUGUAGUAUCUCUAACGCAGGCUCCACCAAGAAAAGCUACUUUGCCUGGAAUUCCUUCACUGUGCAGUACAGAAAACAGCCACUGGAUGGAGCGUUUGAUCAAAGAGCCAGGAACACACAGUUUUUCGAGUAGCAGUGAGAGCCCAGGAGGGGUUAGCCUUGCAGCAACAGAGAAAUCAAUGAGCAGUAAGCAAAUAAGAGGCGUACCAGAGUUACCUGCUGCAAAAUCUUUAGGAACACCUGUAUACUCAGCCUUUGAAUCCACUCUUCCAAAAGUCAGCAAAAUUAUACCAAUUUUCAAAGGAAAGUUGAUGCAAAUGAAUGGAAAGAUCACAAAUCAAACAGAUAGGAAGAAAAAGGAAAGUGCUGAAAGGCAUUCACCAAUGAAAAGUGUGGGUGUUUCGUCUUCUAUGCUGUCUGUGCGCAAAUCCAGCAUAACUCAGGUUUUCAAACACAUUCAAAAUAUGCCAGUCAAAACUCCUACUGACAGCAAUGUGCUUCAGGUAAAGAACAUGAAGACACACACAAAACAUGGUGCACCCAUAUUCCGAUGGAAAACCCAGUCUAGUGGACAAAAUGCUAACUCUGAUUUUUCUGAAAACUCAGCUUCAGGUGGGAGUCCAAGUGCAGUCAAUCACAAAAAGCCAAAUUCUCCGUUCUUUCUUAAGAAUGUUGGGCCAGUGCUUCAGAAAUCAAACACCAGUCCAUGUCUGAAUACACAUGAAUCUUCUACCUCCAGUGCAAAAAAGUGGAAAAAGUUUACAAGUCAAAAUACUACUCAAUUUCUUGAGAAACAGUCAAAGGAAUUGCAUUCGCAGAUUUGUAAAUUAGACAGUGAAAUGACACAUUCCAGCUUGUCACUGCAGCAAACAAAGAAAUCAAAUAAAGGAGCUGGGUUAAAUAUUCAUGAAUCUGUCUUCAAAGAUACAGAGUGCAUGGCCAAAAGCGGAGAAAAGAAAGCAGCAUGCCACUCUAAGGACUGUACUGCUGAGACAACCAGUCUCCAUUCCAAACCUAACUUUGAACAGAUGAUUACAGGGAACAAGUAUCUGACAUGUGAAACACUGACCUCAAAACCGGCUUUGCCAGUCAAGGAGAGCAACAUGGAAGCAUCUGUAAAGAAAAGUUGUGCCAGAAGAAGACAGAAAGAAGAAGGUUAUUCAAAGUUAAAGAGAGCCAAAAGAAGUAGAACUUCUACUUAAGGUGUUCUGAAGCAUUGAAAGAAAACUCUGGGCUCCCAAGAGGUCAGUAACAUACUUGAGAAUCUCUGAACUUUGUAGUUUACUGUUUGUCAUUGGUAGCUGUUUCUGGAAGAAAAUUUGAGGGUUAAACGCAGUCAAGUGAAUCCAUGUAUCACCAACUUCUUCAGACAGUUCCAGUUAAUAAGCCUCUAAUGCAUUUGAAAAUUUAACUAAAUUGUUUAGUUUUUUAAUCACAUUUUGUAUGUCCUGCUACUUCUUACACUGUUAAUCAUUCUUCCAAGUUAUAUUGUUGUUUCUAGUUGGGUUUUUAAAGAUAAAAUAUUUAAUUAUUUGUUACAGUGUCUGGGCCAGUUUGACUCAUCAGUAAAACUUUCCCAAAUAAGUUUUCCUUGUCAAGUCAAAUGAUUGAAAAAUAAACAAUUUUAUUCCUACAGGAAUAAUAAAGGCUGGAUUUGACUCAAGCUUCAUUAAUUUUUGUUGUACUUCUUGAUGAAUUUUCAGAUAUGAAGCUGCUUUGUAAAAGAUUUUUUUUAAGUUUAAUUGACAACCGCAUUCUUCAGGAGUCCACAGAGAACCUGCAGUUGCCCUUUGAGUAACUUUAUUGCUCUAAGUGUGACUUCAGUGACCUACUUCAACCUGCAGAUACAAAUAUAUGCACAUAUAUAAGAUUGUUGCCUCAUAAUCACUGCUGUGAAAUGAAAAUUUGUAUGUUACCUGGAAAAUAAGAAUCAAAUGUCACACUAGCUCCUAAACUCAAAUCUUACAGAACUGUAGUUUAACACUUGUUUUGGACAUACAUUUGCAAAUCUUUUUUUCUAAAGGGCUUGAUACAAUGGGACUUUAUGCCCUUCAUGGAACUUUUUUUUUUUUUAGGUUUAUGUUGCAAUAGUUGUACUUCACUUCAUUUUUCCAAGCUGGAUUUUGUCCUACUACUGUGACAAUAUUUGUUUUGGUUUGUUUUGGUUUUUUUCCUUGAAUGGUGACUGUCAACAUAGCUCUAAUUUCAUGGUGCCAGUGUUUAAAAGGAAGUGAGCUCUUCAGCAACAUGUCAUUUUCUCAUAGUAAUACAAAAAAAAAAAAAAUUAAGCCAAGACAAAUAAUAAAAGAAGUUAGUGCCAUAUGCUCAGCAAGAAAUCAAAUUAUAU